UUUUUUUUUUUUGAUACGUUGUCAUUUUUCGGCACCUCCUCCAUGGUCAAAGCGCCUGCAUAUUUUGUGUUUUGUUCUUGUUCCUUAGAACCUUCAAACCACGCGACGAAUUCCGAUCUGUGAACUUUUAUUGGUGGCUUUCCCACGUGUGGAGCACGCUGUGGCUGGAUGAAGGGAGUGCUAAAAUAGAAAAUAUGAUAUAGGAACCGCGCUUCGCCGCAGCGACAACCGGAUUCUUUCACCCCCUAUUCAGGUGGGAGAUUCUUUUGCGCAUAAGGCGAUUCUUGUUUCCAUCAUUCAUCAUAAUCACAUUGCCCAUGCUCGGGACACUUCAUCUUUUAGUCGCCGGAGUUUAAACUCAGACUUUCGGUUACAGGUUCACUGACGCCUAGGCAAACGUCGACGCUGAUGGCCGGAAUUAAAAAAGCUGGACUCUCAAGUACGACUUCUUAACUCCGGUGCCAGCUCCAUACUUCAGCUCACCCAACCCCGCUCUCGCAGAGGAUCCCGACAGCAAGUUACAAACAGUCCAGAUUUCAGACUCAUAUUGCGAACCCGAAUCCUGUCGCGGAAAGAAAUAGUUGUCGAUCACGGCACAAAUGGUUGGCUGAGACGCAAAUCGUAGGAUGCUUAAGGAUCGCACCCCCCUCCCCACAACCUUGAAAUUCAUGGUAAGGGAUAGCAACGGCAAUUUCAGAAAUUCUAAGUGCCCUCCCUAUGUGCCGAUACCCGUUUCGUUGAGCCGUCGGACAGAAGCGGUCUGGACUACUUAUUGCGAACCACUGCAUGCGCAUCUCAGCCUAAACCAACAUUUGCAUGACACAUCGAAUAGAUCAGGGACUUCCUUUUACGUGUGUUUCCAGGCUCUGGAACACCUUACUCUUUGCUCCGACCCUGUUGCACGGACCCCGGGGUUAGCAGGCAGGCGAAGAUCAUUCCCGAGACGCUCGAAAACCCAAUAAAUAUACCUCCAACAUUUCGUUUCCAAGCGACCGGGGUUACCGAAUCAUAGAAAGCCCUAUCACAGAGGACUAGCUAGACCUGAUUUUGAGUAAUUGUUUUCGGAAGGAAUCAAGGCUCUCUUUCGCAGAAACGCGUGCCCGAAACUUUCAACACCUGCAUCGGUAUCACGGUACAUACCUUCGUUUCCGCGGUGAACGAAGACUGCGCAUAAAACCAACAAACAGAUUAGACGCAAGUGCCGCGGUUCGCUCUUCCAUCGGGAGGGACAGCUCCGUCAAGUCUAACCAGACUUCCUGGUAUAUCCUAGGUUCACUUCUGGUAACACGUGGGAACGUUAAACGACCUCAACGAGGCAUAAACGAAUGACCAUCCCGAACCUAUAGAGCAGGAUCUAAGUCAGUUCCCCGAAAGUCUGAAAAUGAAGCCUGAUAAGCAAACCCCAUUUGCAAAGUUCCAGAAAUAUAUUCGUGUGAGAUCUCGCACAUGAUUCCCUUAUUUGCGGGCCGCACUGGAAGGCAGUACUGGGCGUUUUAACCUCUUCACAUCGGAUUGUCACUUUCUACCAAUUUCCUCGUUUUCCAUUGAGUUAUAGCAGUUGAACUUCACAAGCAGGUCUUGGUAUAUGCUAUGAUUCAUCCACAGUACUGGAACUUCGAUGUGUGGGGGAGUCAUCCGCUCCUACGUUUUGUUUUGUCUGGUCACAGAAGCAUGCAGCAGGUAUUUUACAUACAGACAAUGGCAGACAUCCUGGGAUGUGUUUUGAACUCGUUUUCUGGAAACAUCACCUGAGCCCCUCACCUCAGCUCUUCUCUCUCACUAUCAUUGUUGUUCGCCAAGCGCAACAUACUUGCCAUUCCGGGCGCAUGAUGACUUCUUUUUAUCUGCCCAAGCGUGACAGAAACAUCACAUUGGUUAAGCGGCCUGAAGCCUCGCUCUCAGCAUUAUAGAGCAAUUCUCCUUGAAAUGCACCUGUGAGGAGGACAGUAAAAGAAGAUGAGAUGAUAUGAAGAUGAACAAUUUCCCUUCUGGUGUCAUUUUGAUACGUCCAUAUCAGCUAACACUAUCAUGCCUAAAUUUAGAGACUCUACAGAGGAUAUCUAUGGCUCUAACUAAAGAUAUCUAUGGCCAAGCCUCCUCACAGUCUACUAGUCUCAGGUAAGUUAACAGCCAUCUUCAAGAUCAAUGGGCGAUACCACGAAAUAGUGACCUUAUAAGCGUCGUCUCCUUCGAAGCAAUCCCCUAGAAAGUUAAUACCAUGUGUCGGCGUGUUUCAUUUUUAUAUGGAAAAAGGUACCCAGACCCGAUAACUGGCUCUGAUAUAUCAAGACGUGGCAUGGCAGCUCUCUGCGUCUAUCGGUGCUAGAUUGAUUGUCCUAUUUCAGAGCUCAAGCUCGGUUUCUGAGGAAUAAAGAAUAAUGAUUGAUUGCGUGACAGUAUAAAUGGAGUCGAGUCGGGGGAUCUCCACUGUGGAUUUUCUAGAAAACCAACGGAGGUGACUUGCCUAAAACAGGCAAAUAACCAGAAGCUGGAGUCGUUCAGGUCCGUGGGGGUAGUUAAUAUAAUAAUAAUAAUAAUAAUAAUAGCCAAAUAUAUUUCGUCUGUCACAACUCGCAACCUACUGCGUAGGUCAAGGUUGUGCCCAGAAACUGUUUUCCGGUUAAGCUGGGCCGAGGCUGUUUUUGGGGAGGUAAAAAAAGAAGAAGAAAAAAACAAGAAGAAAAAAGCUUUGUUGUUGAUUGAGGGUUUGUUCAAGUUGAACAAAAAGAGGAAAUUAAUAAAAUGUUUCCCUGAUGGAUGUAUACAGCAAUGGUAAAUUUUGUCCCUUGUUUGUAGAGUUCAAUGAAGCGUCAAGGAUUGGUUUGGAGGAGGAUAAGGGUGUUGCUAUCCAACCACAUACUUAGGGAAAAUGCGAGAUGUACUGUACACAAAUUUUUGAUAAUGUUGCGUCUAGCUACGGAGUAUUUAUUCUGAGGUUGUUUAAAUAAUAAGUGUGGAAAAAAAAAAAGGCCGUAAACGGUUCCACAACGCUUUCCGGGGUACGAAUAAUGGCUCCGGGUGGGAAUAUAUUCUGAUCUCUCUCCAUAUGUUUAUUGUUUAUGAGUUACGUUUACUUUCAAGAUCCAUCCAAACCCAUUUCUGCUUCCGGAGGUUCUGCUGUUCGGAAAAUUCGGC